UCUGCCCGGAUCGUGUGCACACGGAGAGGUGUGGUAGUACCAUGAAAAGUGGAGGAAGGGGAAAGGAGCCACCUGUUGCAGGGGAGGUCACUGGCAAACGGCCCAAACGCAAAUGCCUGCAAUGGCACCCCCUUCUCUCCAAGAAGACACUGGACUUCUCUGAGGAGGAAGAAGAGGAAGAUGAAGAGGAUCUGGAGAAGCCAGUGCUGUGCAAUCAGGAUCCACAGGUGCAGCGUGGAAGCACAACAGAAGAAACUGAGGAAGACUCCAGUGAACAGCGAGCACGUCGGCCGAUGAAUGCCUUCCUCCUCUUCUGCAAACGCCAUCGUUCCCUGGUUCGGCAGGAACACCCUCGACUUGACAAUCGGGGGGCCACUAAAAUCCUGGCUGAUUGGUGGGCUGUGUUGGAGCCCAAAGAGAAGCAGAAAUACACAGACAUGGCCAAGGAGUACAAAGAUGCCUUUAUGAAGGCAAACCCAGGGUACAAGUGGUGUCCCACUACAAGCAAACCAGUUAAGACCUCUUGCUGUCAGCCAGUCGGCAGUCCUCGCAAAAAAGUUUGGUCCUUAUCAUGCAACUCGCCCAAGGACUCCACUGCCAAAAAAGUGCCCAAAACUGAGAGUUUGCCCCAGUUAAACUUCGCCAUGGCAGACCCUACAAAGAUGGGAGGCCUGAGCAUGCUGCUGUUAGCUGGUGAACAUGCCCUCACCAACAGAGAGAUUCCUUCAAGCACUAAACCUAGUUUACCUGGCAUGGUGGAUGAAGAAAGCUCCUGUCCAGAGGAAAAGGAAGAGAUACUGUCUCAAAUUAUUCCAAACAGAGUGCCUGAUGUUCCUGAAAGCAGGGUAAAGUCAACCCUUUCUGCAAUAGAGGAGUCUUUGCUGUCAGUGGCGACUGAAGGAAAACCAUGUGGACAGUCUGCUCUCUUCCAGCUUGCUGAGAUGUGUUUAUCAUCGGAAGCUGGAAAAAUGGACACGGUUGCAUCUCAGCCAGAGGACCACUCCUUUUUUGCCUCACUACAGCAAAUACCCAUGAAGCCAGAGAUUAAAGAGGAGAGAGUUGACACUGAUCAUUGUCCUCCAACUCACACAUCAGCACUUUGUCCUUCUCCUUCCUGUGUCACUUCUACCUCCACUGAUGCCAUUCCACCACUAAACAGCUGCCAAAGUUCACGUGUCAAAAAGAAGAACAAGAAAGCAGAGGAGGCCGAGUCAAACAAUGAUGAGAUCCCAUCCUCAGCAAAGGAGAUUACGUGCAACCACUUGGCGUCAAACAUAGACUGUAUCUUCAGUACGAUAGAGGCAGUGGCCAAAGGAGCCUGCAUGGACAGGGAAGACAAAACCAACAAGAAGAUCCAUGCCAGUCUUACAGGUGGAAAAUCUGGUCUGCUCAGAAAGAAACCUAACACCAAAGAUAAGACUGUUCUCAAAGAAAAAGAAGAGAAGCUGGCCGACAGCAGUGGGCUGGAUGGGUCCUCUAAUGUGGAGAUGAAAGGAGUGUCUGACAUUAACCUCAAGACAGAAAUAGAAGCAGCAAAGGUGAAAAGCACAGACCUCCAGGCCAAUGUGGCCAAACUCCCUCAAUCAGACUGCAGCCACUCGCUUGCCAAGUUUAAAGAUGAGGAAAAUGAAAAGAUUAAAGAAAAGGAGAGGCCAAGUGAUGCAGUCUACCAGGUGAACGCAGAGAACUGUGGCUCCAGGAAGUCAGAGCGCAGCUGUAAAGGAGCCUUGUAUAAAACUCUCGUGUCUGAGGGAAUGCUGACCUCACUGAGAGCAAACAUUGAUCGAGGUAAAAGAGGAGCUUUUCGUGCGUUUGACCACGAUACUAAUUGGAGUCAUGACAGCUGUGCAGUUUCACAGAUGGGACCCAAUAAUCCCAAGAAGCUGAAAAAGUCCAAGUCCAAAGACGAGUCUUCACAGUGCCUGGGGAAACUGGAGGAGGAGUUUGAAAGAAAAUUUAACAGCUUACCACAGUACAGCCCUUUGACCUUUGAUAAAAAGGGCACCACUGUUGCUAAGAAAAAGAAGCCCGAAAACUCCACCAACCAAGAAGACACAGCCAAAGCUGCAAAAGGAGUGCCGUCAAACAGAGAGGUCCAGCUAGACUCCACCUCACCGGAUUCCGCUGCAAAAGCCACAUCAUGUGUUGCUGUGGCCAUGAUGUUCCCAGAUGUUCCAGGAUCCACUUGUAUGGAGAUGCUGGUUGGGAGCCAGAAGAGGAAGGCUAGAAAGACCAAGAUUACACACUUGGUGCGCACAGCUGAUGGCAGUGUGUCUCCAGCUGAAGGAGGAGCUACAGAGGAUAAAACUCGCGACCCUAACCAGGAACAGGAUGAGAAGCCAUUAACCCAACAGAAUUUAUGCAAUGAAACAAGGUGCUACAGUGGUAGUAGCAGUCCAGGAGCAGAGGAUGCUGGGAGGAGCACCGUAGCACCAGAGCUACCUGCCUUCUUCAGCUUGACUGCUCUUGCUGAGGUUGCAGCCAUGGAAAAUGCUCACAGAGACCAGAGGAGCUUGGCUCAGAGUCAGAAGAAGACCCAGACUCCACUGCUCAUCUCCUGCGCAGACCAGUGAACGGCUGCUGUUGA